AUGACUACUCCUAUGGAGUCAUACUUGAAGUUAGCUAAAGAUGAAGGAAAGUUGCUAGCAGAUGCAACACUUUUUCGCCAACUUGUUGGUAGUUUAUUCUAUUUACCUAUCACGAGGCCUCACUUAUCUAUCACGAGGCCUGACAUUUCUUUCUCUGUUGGAGUCAUAUCACAGUUUAUGGGAAAGCCACGAGAGCCACAAUUGAUUGCAGCAAAGCGAAUUCUUCGCUACAUCAAGAACACUCUGCAUUUCAUAUUGCAUUAUAAGCAAGGAACAUCAUUCUUAUUGAGUGGUUUUGUAGAUGCAGAUUGGGCCGGUGAUAUGAAUGAUAGACGCUCAACAAUAGGCUAUUGUUUCGAUAGGGGAUCAGCAGCAAUCUCGUGGUGCAGCAAAAAGCAAAGCACAGUUGCCCUCUCAAAUUGUGAGGCCGAUGGCUGUUCAAGAGUAUAUUUGGCUCAAGAGGCUCGUCCAAGAAAUUUUUGUGACUUGAAGUAUUCGGUUUUGAUUCGUUGUGAUAAUGUCAUGCUCGAACAAAACACAUCGAAGUGCAUCACCAUUUUGUUCGAGAAAAGAUUUUGA